UUGCCAUCCAAGUCGAUUUAAAUAUAUAUUUAUUCAACAGGACAAGUAUGCAGUCAGAGAAGAUUAGCGAAGAGCUACUGCUCUCCCUCACUGAAUGCAAGAGUUUGGAUGAGAUUAAUGUACUUUCUUUGAGAAAUAGGGGCUAUACUACUUGCUUAGAUGUGCUGAAAAGGUGUCCAAACUUGGUAAUAGCUUACCUCCAGAACAAUAGAAUUAUAACUAGCGAUUUACAGAAUUUGUCAAGUUUUAAAGAACUUAGAAAGCUUGAUUUAUCUAAUAAUAAGAUAAAGGUCUUGCCUGAGGUAGAGACACUUUCCUCACUAAUAAGGUUGAAAGAGUUGUACCUCCAUGAUAAUAAUCUAAGCAAAUGGGAGAAUUUGACUGACUUAACAAAGAUGGGAUCGUUGGUACACCUGACACUUUACAAUAAUCCUGUGUCCUCUAUUUCAGGUUAUAGGCACUACUGAGUAAACUCAAUGCCUAAUUUGUUAUGUCUGGAUCAAUAUAUCAUCACUGAUGAAGAAAGAGUGGAUAAUCUUGGAGAUGGAAAAUCAGAAAGGUUUACAGCAAUGAACCAGUUUAUGCUGGUUCAGACUCCUGAUUUCAUUGGGAAUAUGACUGCUGAGAAGCAUAUUGAUACACUUGAGACGAAGCUGUAUCAGCUCCGUAGAAGGUUUGAGAAUAAUUCUCCUAUCAUCAGGAUCCAAUCAGCUUUUAGAGCUUAUCGAGUCCGUAAAAAAUACAAGGAACAGGUUCGCAAGAUUAGGUGGUCGAUCCAGAAAAUUCAAAAAGUCUGGAGAGGGUUUAGGCUGAGAUACAAAAUGAAGAAAGAACUAGCCGAAAUUAUGAACCUUAAUAAGACACCAUAUCUUAUGAUGACUAACGAGGAAAUGAAGGAAUACUAUGCAAGGAAGUUGCUAAAAUAAAUACAUAAAGCGCUUCGCAAAGACGACUAAGAGCAAGAAGGUAAAGACUGUGAAAGCAGGUGUUGUCCAAAAAUAUUUCAGGUACUUUAUCGCAAAGGAGCAUUCCUACGUUAAAGCUUUCAAUCUGAAGGAAUUUCCAUGGUUAUACUGAUUAUAAAAGAGCAGAAGGAUCUACUAGAAUCCUUCAUUAAGGAGUUAGAUGAGAGAGACCUCCUUGAAGGAGAGGAUUACUUUGAAAUCCUUGAGUGUAUAGACCCUGUAGAAAAUUAUGCAGCUAUUAGAACACAGAGACCUCUUUAUUAUAAAAAGUAUGAAUAUCCCAUCCUUAUGUUUACAAUGGCAGGGAUUAAGUCAAAGUUCCGAAAGACCAACCGCGAUCUCGCAAUCAGAGGGAAAAGCUUGGUUGACUUCUACUGUUGAUAUAAUAACAUGGAGAAAGAAAAAGAUAUUCUUAAGAACAAAAUUAAGAAAAGACGUGUCUAUUAUGACAAGAAAGCAGUAGCUGAGAUGCAAGAUCUGGAGUCGAAGAAUCUAGGAAUUUCUAGAUACUUUGAUACAUAUGAUUUCUUGGUAUUUAGACCUCCCACAUUCAAAAUUUUGCAAAGACUUUGUGGUAGAGUAAAAUAAUUACAAUAGGAAUAUUUCUGAUGAUAAAGAGCCAUUCAUUCUCUUCUUUGAGCUGACUGUCCAGAAAGUCUCAGCAGCCAUUAAAAUCCAGUGCUUCUAUAGAAAUUAUGUUAUUAGAAAGAGAAUGAGGAAGACUUACGUUCAAACCUUGAUCGAAUGGAGGGCUUCUUUAUGUAUUCAAGCGUAUUGGAGGAGUUACAAAUUCAAGGCAAGAAUUAAAGCUAAUUCCACGAUCAGGAAUCACAUGAAAUCCAUCCAAUCUAACGUGCUAUAUCUUGAGGAGAAUAUUUAUCUAAACAUUACCUACAUUUUCCAAAAAUGACUAGAGAAAAGGAAGUUUAAAGAACAGUUUUUUAAUUUCUAUUUUACUUCAGAUUAUCAAUGUAAGAUUAGGUAUCAUCAGAAAUUCCCUCAGCACAUUAUUCCCACAGAUGAAGAGUACUGGAGCGAUAUUCCCAACGCUUUGGUCCAUUUUGUAGAAAAGCCAUGCACCAUUAAGGACUUUAACGAGAUAGUAGAUUAUCAAACAAAGUCAAUCGAGGUACGACAAGGGUUAAGAUUUGUCGAAAUUGUGUGUUCUACUGUGGAAGAUGCACGUCAGAGAGCAUCCAUAUUUGCAAAUUUGACCUAUAAUGUCCGAAAUAACUCGUUUAUUAAGUUAUUCACUGAUCAAAAUCUCAGUGAUGCCUUGUCCUCUCUUUCAAAUAUUCGAGAAAUUUGGUUGUCUUAUAAAAUUAAGGGAUCCAAAGAUAUCAAAAGAAUUAUUGAGAAGAAAUCUAAUAAGGAAAAGUCAUCAAAGCGGAUAAGUUUAGCAAAUACAAGAAAGCAGAUCCCUCAUUCAGGAUUUAUUCUUCACAAAGAAGACCUUGAUAAGGUAGAUGAGAAGAACCUUUUUGAAAUUCAAGGAGACAGGAAGAUGAAGUACAUGAAUGUCUUCUUCUCAGUUUCUGAGAAAUUAAUGACUCAAGUUAAGUCAGAAAUUGACCAGAAUGAGGCUAAUGAAGAAACUAAAGGCAGGUCUAUCGUUCAGAUCAAGGCUCAGAAAAGACCAGAGCUUACUGAAGAAACUUUCUUGUCUAAUAGAGACAUCAUUGUUCGAAAUAAUAGAGCUAAAAGGCAGAUAGUGACGAGAUUCAGUAGUCCAGAAGACAGAGUAGGAACCCAGCUAAAGCCAUUGCGGUCUUCUAAGAAUUCUUUGGUCUCCUCCAAACAAAUUGAAGAGUUUCAGCUCCGGCCUGAAACAGAGAAAGCUCAUAAGAGGGUUCUUAGCUCUGGAGUGAGCUUCACUAAGGAUGAGACUAACCAUGCCAAAUCCAAAGCACUAGAGGGCUUUGGAAUUUCAGUGAGGACACUGUAUGGAAAGCAUACUCCUCUGGCAUUUUCAAAUUACUCUGCAGCCAACACUCCAGCCCAAGAAUAUGCAGAGACCUCCAAAUCUUGGGUCAUGAAUCACAAAAGGAGAAGAAUGAGGGAAAAUUUUGAACUUAAAUCAAGAAUAGCUAAAUCAAGAGAGAUCGGGAGAAUAAUGAAAAAGCUUGGCCAGGCUGAACAAGACAAAAAUGUCUCAGUCUUUAAGAACUUAGUCAAGGAAGAAAAGAAUCUUCAUAAAGAGCUGAUUGAGUUAGACAAGAAUCAGAGAGAUAGAGAGAUUUUGCGUAAAAGACAAAUGGUCCUUCAAGCCAAAAAGAGGAGAUCUCUUGCCCAAAAAGAAAGAAAUUUUGCAGUUUCCUUCUCUCAACAGAAAAACAUGAUAGUAAAACAUGCAAGUUUGGGUGAAAAGAGGAGAAGAGAGAAUGAGCAGUUGGAUAAGAUGAAAAAAAGAAGGCAUAAUAGCUCCUAUUCAAACAAAUUUAAGUUCCAGAGUGAGGAAUCUGUAACAUCUAUGAGGUCUUAUAUGAAAUCAAACCGCUAUAAUGGUUUGUAA